CUGACGGGUGGAUACAUUGUAUCCGGGGAGCGCAGGAUGAUGAUUCUUCUCGCCGGGAUCCUCGGUCUGUGCGGGGCAGGAGCCGGGAGCAGCGCCCGGGACAUCAGCUCCAGGAUGGACUGGCUGACGCGUUAUGGUUACCUACCCCCGCCGGACCCGUACUCUGCGCAGCAGCAAACACUGGAUGGACUGCGGGAAGCGGUGAAGACCAUGCAGAGAUUUGCAGGCCUGAGGGAGACUGGGAUUCUGGAUCGAGACACCGUGGCCAUGAUGGACAAGCCUCGCUGCUCCCUCCCCGACAUCAUGACGUUUGGGUACCAGGGGCACCGGAGAAAACGAUAUGCUCCCAGUGGGUCAGUGUGGCAGAAGAGACAUUUGACUUGGAGGGUGGAGAGUUUUCCAAUUUUUCCUUCCCAAGAAACCACCAAACAAGUGAUAGAGGGCGCUCUGCUAGCGUGGAGCCGGGAGAGCAACCUGGACUUCAGCCAGAGCACGGGAGCCGGUGACGCCGAUCUGCGGGUCAGCUUUGUGGACGGGUCGCAUGGGGACGGCUAUCCUUUCGAUGGACCAGGAGGUACCCUGGGUCAUGCUUUCUUUCCUGGUGUAGGAGCCAGUGCCGGGGCCACUCACAUGGACGCCGAUGAGCAUUGGACAUAUAAUGAGGCGGAGGGGACGGAUCUCUUUGCGGUGGCGGUGCACGAGUUUGGACAUUCUCUGGGGUUGUCACAUUCAUCUGCAGAGAACUCCAUCAUGAAACCAUAUUACCAGGGGCCAGUGGGGGACCACCGGAGAUACCGGCUGCCUCUGGAUGAUGUGCAGGGGAUCCAGGCAUUGUAUGGGAAAAGAAUUGUCCCCCCCGGAGCAGACGUGCCUCCUCCUCCACCACCAGCACCAACUCAACACAUUAUUCCACCCCGAAGGCCGACAUAUCGGCCAAACCUCCCGUUCCCCGACCGCUGCUCCACCCACUUUGAUGCUGUGGCCAACAUUCGAGGGGAGGUUUUCUUCUUUAAGAACAGAUACUUCUGGCGGGUACAAGCCACGCGUCAGCUGGUGUCCCUAAACCCCGCCCAUCUUGGCCGCUUCUGGAUGGGGCUGCCUCCGGAUCUCCCCAGGGUGGACGCGGUGUAUGAACGAGCCAACGACAGCAAAAUUGUAUUCAUUGCAGGGACCAGUUUCUGGGUUUUUAAGGACACCCUGGUGGAGCCCGGUUACCCGCGGCCGCUCACAGACUUCGGGCUGAACACUGAUGGAGUAGACGGGGCCUUUGUUUGGAAGCACAAUAAGAAGACCUACUUCUUCAGACACAACCGCUGCUGGAGAUUUGAUGAGCACCAAGGAAAGGUGGAACCCGGGUACCCCAAAAACAGUCAAAUGUGGGAGGGGCUGCCCCCAGACGUGGAUGAUGUCAUCAGCUGGACAGAUGGCCACAGCUACUUCUUUAAGGGCUCCCAGUACUGGAAGGUUCAGGAUGGCAAGAUGGAGGCAGAACCCGGGUACCCCCGCAGCAUUGCCAUGAACUGGAUGUACUGUGCGACAUCGGCCCCUCCACCUCCAGAGCCCACAGAACCUGAGGGGCGCGAUCAGAGGGGCUGUAACUGCCCAUGUGCAGCAGGGGCCGGCAUUAUAGCUCCACCCACUGGACUCAUGGUGGCGUUCACACUAAGCCUGCUGCGGGGCACAUGGUAA